CAUUUGUCUUAAAUACAUUGCUCAAAUCGAUAUAUAUGAGGUAUAUGAAUAUACCUCCUCUGUGGUUUUAUAUUAAUAAUUAUUCGAAUACAAAAUGUUUAAUAGGACUUAAAAAUGAUAACUUUUAAAAACAGUAUUUGCUCUAAAAAUGUUUUAUAUUAAACCUCCGACAGGAAAAAUAUCAUUUCAUAUUAUAGAAAAGUGCGUUCUUGAUAGGUUAGAAUAUAUACAACUACUGUACGAGGGUAAACCUCAUGAAUUUAAUGGUGAUUUGGAGUAUUUAUUAGAAAAUUCAGUAUAUGAUAAAAUUGGACAUUUUAUAUUGAGAUUAUUAGCAUCUAUAUCUCAAGAGCUAUUUAAUUAUUGGAUUGUCAGAGAAACUUUGUUAUUCCAAACUAGGCUGAAUUAUAUUUUACCAAGACAAUUGUAUAGAUUAUUUAAAAGUAUUUUACAUCAAUCAGAAGAGUUUAAAGAUAAAAAAGGACUGAUUAACAAAACAUUAAUCGAUAUAUGUAAUUUUUUUUCAAAACCACUUGUCUUUAAACAUAUUGUAUCAAAAAAUCAUACAAAAAAUUGUAAUUUUCACAAAACUAAAGUGAGAUAUGAGAUAAUACCAGAUUUAAUAAAGAAAAGAAAAUUAGACUUGAAUGCAGGAUAUGCUAUUGUAUAUUGUUCCAAAUUGAAAGAAGUAUUAAAAUCAUUGUUUUAUACUCAUAUAAGUAAAGAAGUAAUAUGCAUGAAAUCAAAAGCACAAUAUACUAUAAAUCAGGAUACUAGACUCGAUUAUCUUUAUUAUAAAAUUCAUUCUAAAAUAUUUCGAGAAAAUCAAACAUCCAUCAAACAAGGGUGUAUAACUAAAGAAAAUAUAGACAUUGAAGUAAAAAAUUUUCCACUUUGUAUGCAACAUCUGCAUAUAAGACUAAGAAGAGUACAUAGACUUAGUCAUUAUGCUCGUUUUUAUUAUAGUCUGUUUUUAAAAGAUGGUGGAAUGCAACUAAAGGAUGCUAUAAAUUAUUGGAAAGAAGAAUAUUCUAAACCUCACUCCUGUUCUUCUAAUUGUUUACAUAAUUGGAAAUCAAAUGAACGAAAAUUUAUGUACAGUAUUAGACACUUUUAUGGCUUAGAAGGAUCCCGAAAAAAUUACAAAUCUCCUACUUGUGAAUUGAUGUGUACGAGUUCAUCAAGUCCCAUGUAUGAAGGAGGAUGUCCAUUUAAAAGUUUUGACGUAAACACACUAAAACAUCUUUUAUCUUUAUCAUUAUCAAAUGAUCAUGUAACAAACUUAUUGAAAACUCUAUCUCCUCAAACUCCUCAAACUUCUUGUGCUAAAUUUUUUAAAAUACUAAAUCAAGAUAAUAGCAAUGACAUUGUUAUUAAUAGUCCUUUACAGUAUUACUUAGCAAUGAUUAAUUAAAUUUAACUACGAAGAAUAUGAACUCAUAAAUAAUAGAGAUUUUUAUCUCUAAAAUGUAGUGCAAUAAGAAUAAAAAUAAAAUUUUAUUUGUUAUAUAGAUUAUAUAUAUUAUAUUUCUCUAAAUUAUUAAUUAUUAAAAUU